AGAGUUCACUUGUUUAAACAUGUUCAACAAUAGCUGCUUUUUCCUCUUCCCACUGCUCCUUUCCCUUUUAUCCGGAUCCAAAACACACACCGUGCCUGCAAUGAUCCGCCAUUGACACACCUUUCGUACACACGCACGCAGAUCCCCACCGCCCAUAGACCUACAUGUCUCGUCCACCAAACUACGAGUUUCAGGAAUGGUGGAACAAGCAGCGCUCCAAGGACCGCGCCGACGACCCUUUCUGCUCUUCCGCGUCCGAGGACAUACGAUUCCUGGCCGUCAACAUCCACAGUCCGACCUCCUCUGACGCCUCCGCCUUCUCCGCGGCGGAGAAGGACCGCUCGCGCAGCGCGCGGCAGCUCUCCUGGAUUUACCUCCUCAAGUUCAACCAAAUUGCGCAUUCGUUAUCUUCCCUUCCGGGCAGAUUCCUCUCCCUCGCCCGCACCGCCAAACGCCGCAUAUCCUCGGCCUCCCAUGGAUCUCGUUCCGAAUCUUCUAACUUUUACAAAAUCAUCAAGUUCUUUUUGAUACUCAGCGUCUGUCUUCUUUUCAUUGAGCUUGUCGCGUACUACCGGGGAUGGCAUUUUUCUCCUCCUACUCUGGAAGCGGGGGUGGAGUUCUCGGUGGAAUAUAUAUAUGCCAAGUGGUUGGAAAUUAGGGCCAAGUAUUUGGGGCCUUUGUUACAGAGCUUGACGAAUGUGUGCAUUGUGUUGUUUUUGAUACAGUCUGUAGAUCGGUUUGUUUUGGUGCUUGGUUGUUUUUAUAUUAAGAUUAGAGGGUUGAGACCGGCUGCGAAUCUGGACUAUAAGCAGGAUGCCGAGAAAGGGAGCAUAAAUGUCGCUGACUAUCCAAUGGUGCUGGUGCAGAUACCAAUGUGCAAUGAGAGGGAGCAUCAAGCGAAUAGCAUUACUCUAUCAUCCUGUUUUAAGUUACUGUUUAUCUUAGAUUUCCACGAGAGUUCUGUUUUCUCAUUUUCCGAUCAUAAUGCGGCCCAGGUAUACCAGCAAUCUAUUGCAGCUGUAUGUGUCCAGGAUUGGCCCAGGGAGAGGAUGCUUGUACAAGUUUUGGAUGAUUCUGAUGAUACUGAUGUUCAAUCCCUUAUUAAGGCAGAAGUACAUAAAUGGCAACAUAGAGGUGUGCACAUCAUUUACAGGCAUCGUCUUAUUCGGACAGGAUAUAAAGCAGGGAACCUUAGAUCUGCAAUGAGUUGUGAUUAUGUCAAGAAUUAUGAGUUUGUAGCCAUCUUUGAUGCGGAUUUCCAGCCAGCACCAGAUUUUCUGAAGAACACUAUUCCUUACUUUAAGGGAAAAGAUGACCUUGCGCUGGUGCAAACCAGGUGGGCUUUUGUCAACAAGGAAGAAAAUCUGCUUACACGACUGCAGAAUAUAAAUCUGGCCUUUCAUUUCGAGGUUGAACAACAGGUCAAUGGGUGGUUCCUCAACUUUUUCGGAUUCAAUGGGACAGCUGGUGUUUGGAGAAUUAAAGCCAUCGAGGACUGUGGUGGAUGGCUGGACAGAACAACUGUCGAGGACAUGGAUAUUGCUGUCCGUGCACACUUGUGUGGUUGGAAAUUCAUUUAUCUAAAUGAUGUUAAGUGUCUCUGUGAACUUCCCGAGUCGUACGAAGCAUACAAAAAGCAGCAACACCGCUGGCAUUCGGGGCCCAUGCAGUUAUUUCGGUUGUCUUUUUACAACAUACUGCAUGCAAAGGUGAGUUUGAUGAAGAAAGCAAACCUAAUACUUCUUUUCUUUCUUCUCCGUAAACUCAUCCUACCCUUGUACUCCUUCACCCUCUUCUGCAUCAUCCUUCCGUUGACCAUGUUCCUUCCCGAAGCCCAACUCCCUCCGUGGGUCGUCUGCUACAUCCCGGGUCUCGUGUCCAUACUAAACAUUCUCCCAUCCCCACAAUCUUUCCCCUUCAUUGUCCCUUACCUUCUAUUUGAGAACACAAUGUCUGUUACAAAAUUCAAUGCCAUGGUAUCAGGUCUUUUCCAAUUAGGAAGCUCCUAUGAGUGGAUUGUGACCAAAAAACUGGGCCGCUCUUCGGAGGCUGAUCUGCUUGCCAUCGUGGAGAAUGAAACUGCCGAGAAGUGCCAAGUGGCGAGAUCCAGCUCAGACUCGGGCCUCAGUAAGUUGGGGGGAAUGAAUAAGAAAAGCGGGAAAAGAAGAAAUCGGUUGUACAGAAAGGAGCUUGCGCUCUCGUUUAUUUUGCUGACUGCCUCGGUGAGAAGCUUGAUGUCAGCCCAGGGGAUUCAUUUCUAUUUUCUUUUGUUUCAGGGGAUAACUUUUCUGGUGGUUGGCCUCGACUUGAUUGGGGAACAAGUGAGUUGAGUGAAUGAAUCGUGAAAAAAGUAACAAAGGAAAAUUGUGAAAAAAUUCUUUCAUUUUUUAGCUUCAUCGUUUUUUUGUACAUGGUGUAGCAGCAACAUGUUUGGUGGAGAUUGGUUUGUGCUUAGUGAGGACUAGUAAUAGUAGUAUAGGUAGUGGCUGGAUAAAAUUGGUUGUUUAUCGAUAGUUGUUAGAUUGAUGUAUCCCAAAGAUGUGUUCAAAUUCCUUUCCCAUUCUUUAUUGUUGUAAUUGGCUUUGACAUCUGUACAACUAUUUGCACUUUCAAUGGGAAGUCCUGCAUAAAUUUCUCUGAAAUGAGAAUACAAAGUCGAAAC